AUGAAUUCGCGCACUUUUCUCGAUAUACCUCUGGAUGUUUUUGAUUUGAUUUUGGAAAAGUUGAAGCCAAUGGAACUCUUGAUUUCUCGUGAUGUCUGCAGAAGUUUGAGAACGGCUGUCGAUAGAUUUGGAUUUGGUAUUGAUGAAAUUGAAGUCUACUUCCGUGAUGAAAACUUGACUCUGAAAUGGAAAAAUGACGAUAUCUGGUAUUUUGGUGCUGUAAAAGGUGGUACAAUUGUGCUAUACGAUGACGGAGAAAGAAAACUUCGAAUUGAAAAAAAGCAUUUUGUGGGAAUAGCUCUUUGCGAUUUGAGAAUAUUUUUGAAGCACGCAUCCAUGUUAACAAUCUAUGACUAUCUCAAAGAUAGACAGGACUUUAUCGAAUCUUUUAUUGAAAUUUUGAAAUCAGACGGAAUUAUUAAAGUGAAGGAAAUCGUAUUUUUUCAAGUCUCAUUCAAGGAUGCUAUUGCAAUUCUCCCAUAUUUUGAUGCGGAAGUUCUUGACUUGCAGACGACUGGCUCAAUUAACCAAUUCGAGCAGAUGACCCAUCUCAGUCUAUGGAAAAAUUGCAAAACCUUCAAGUUUUCUCGUUAUGUUGACAGUAAACUAUUUUCCCAUUUGUUUCAUUUCGAAAACUUCAAUAUCUCCAUGCUUGAUUUUAAUACACAAAUCGCUAUGAAAAUGAGAGAUGAUCUUAUGAGACGAAGUACAUUCAAAAGUUGCCGUAUAGAAUUUGACAAGUGGAAUCUAAUUGAAAUUGCAAAAGUAUUCAAACCGGAUUAUGCUGGUGGCAAUGUAUUCAAAAUUAAAUAUUCAAACAAUGACUACACCUUUACAAUUAAAUGUAAACCCUGGCAUGGCAUGGCAUGGUCAAAUAAAUUUACGGUUUUUGUGAGAAAAUUGUGA